ACAAAGAAAAAAGAACUGAACAAUUUCAAGAUAAAUACAGCUGAGUCUCGCAAGAAACUAGACACCAUGUUUGAAGCCACCAACAAGAAGAUCUCCCAAAAGACUGACAAGGAGGUUGCUAGGAUCAGAGAGAUGGAGCAGAAACUGAAGCAAGAGGCCAAGGAGAUCUACCAAGACAGAGUCAAGACAUUGCAGACUGCUGAUGAUGCCAACAACGCAGAGCUGACAGUAGCAGAGCAGAUACUGAACGAGAUGAACUAUUUCCUUGCUCAAAAAGUAAAGAUUGAGACGUUAUUUCUAAAAAAAAAAUGGUUGCACUCAUUCAGAGAAUUGACAGAACAACAGCCACAAAUAGUGCCUUACAAGUUGCAAUUCAUGGACUUUCAGGAGAGUGGUAGUACAGAGAUGAUACUUGGAAAGCUGAUUCUGAAAGAUGAAAGGAGGUUGGUGGAGCCAAAUUUGAAACCAAAGUCAGAGUGGACAUUGGAGGUGAAAAUGAAACUACUUGGAAAACAUGCAAUUACUUCUGUUGCAGUUUUCUCCAAUAAUGAAAUAGUCACAGCAGACUAUGGACUCAAGAAGUUGGUGACUUAUCUUCCCACAAGCAACCCCGAAUCUCCUUUUACCUCCAAAAUACUAGCAAUUCAAGCCAUCAAUGAGCCACACAAAGUUGCAGUCAACAGGCUAGACCAUCUCAUUGUCCUAGAUGGUCGUGUAGUCAAGACCUUCAGCAGAGAAUAUCAACUCCUCCAUCAGUUCCAGCCAGGAACUGAUUCAGACACCAAGCCAACCUGCCUGGCAGUGGAUGAGGACAAUCUGAUAGCUGUGGGCUACAAGGCCAAGGGAGAGAUCAGCCUCCACAACCCAGAUGGAACCCUCAUCAGGAGACUACCAGCACCAAUGAUUGAAGAUCACCUGGCCAUCAGUAGGAAGCAGAUCAUCUACAGCAACAACUCAAAGGGUAAACUGAUAUCUAGAAAUUACCACAGCGGCACAAAAUUUAUAGUGGACACACAAUAUCCAAAGAGUGUAUGCUGUGACCGUCAAGGUAAUAUCUAUGUUGCCAAAGUCUCCCGCUUUAUGUCAAGGGCAGGAGAUAUAAAUUCCUUUGAUGCUCACGGUAAACACAUUGGACAAGUUACUAAGGACUGUAAGCUUACAGUAGGCAUGACAUUCACAUCAACAGGUGAUCUGGUGGUAGGCAGACUGGGUUGGUUGCAAAUCUAUCAUCCCAGUUUAGAAAAUGAUUCUGCAUACGAACCCAAAAUCUCUGCUGGAAAAAUGUAUACCAUUUAACUACAGAAAGUCAAGUACAUUUACAUGUACAUCUACUUAUUGUUAGUCAUUCAUUUUGAUGAAAAUGACAGUUCUGUGAGUAAACUUCAAGCAGGCUGAGUCAUUUUUUUAACAAAACUCCAGACAAAGUCUGUCAAUAUCACAUCUCUUAAUAAUCAACAUAUAGUAAAUCACGCAGGUGUAUUGAUGUAUCAAGUUUCCCUCAAAAAAGCACCGCCUAAUAUUAAGGAAGCUCAACAAAUAAUAGUGGCAAACUGUUGAUUAAUUAUAAUGAAUUCACCCGAAUGUAGGUGAACAUACAAGUACGCCUGUGUGUCACAGCCUGAACAGGAUUAUAGAUGCCUAUACAUUUAAUAAUGGACAAAAUCAAAUAGACACAUCCCAAUUUUCAGUUGUCAAUAUUCCUAAAUGUAUAUUUUCUUUAAAGCACGUUUGCAGAAAAUGUUUCCCACUUACAAACAAAAUAUUCUGACCAAUCCAGUGAUAACAUCCAUUUAGAGUAAACUAGCCCAAGAAAGGGCACUGAUUCCAUGGAACGCAACACUGGGAUUGUAUUGAUUGGGCCAAACAAAAAUGCAAACUUACAGGCAUUGAAAGCACAGUGUUUAGCUACUCAACAGUGGAAGGGAUUCAUUACCUCGUAUACAUGUACCACGUGACAGGGAAAUUGUGUAACCAUGACAACAAAGGCACUUCUGGUGCUGUGAAUUAUGGUUAUUUCCUGAACUACGGCUGCUUGGCUUUGUGCCUAGCCACUAGAAGAAGCACUGCCUGGAAAACGAGUUUACAAGUCAUUCUGGUGGCUAGGUGCAGGUACAGACAAAGUGGGUGUAACCAAUCUUCCAAUAUUUCCUACUUUAAAUGGGAAACAGUAUCAAAGCCUCUACAACAAAAUGGCCAAGGAGAAAAUAUUUACUUUAUCAGAACAAGAUGUCAUUUGGCUACAAAAACUCUCACUGUUAAUGCUUUCUCAAUCUCAAUCUUGUUCUCAUACCACAGAGAUUAUGUAAAAAAAGAGAUUGUGCACACACCUAAUGGCUGUCAAAUUUGUGAUAUACCAUAGAGAUUGUUUUGAUUAAGUAAAUUACCACAGAGAUUAUAUGUUCUUUGUAUUUAAUCAUGCAAAAAAAGUAGCAAUUUAAGAAACAACUGAAUUUAAUGCCAAAGAAAAAAAUGAGUGAGAAAUUGUUCAAUAUUUUAGAUUGGAAAAAGAUUCUUUUAGCCAAAUAAUUAUACUCUGUAUUCCUGCAUGAACUGCAUGCACUUAACUAUCAGGCAUGUCUACAAUCCUGGACAAAUGUCGUUGGAACAUGCCUCGCCCCCUGUCAAUGUUGCUUAACAUUGGGUAAGUUGGGUUGAAUUUUGGUCCAGUAAAUGACCGCAACACUGAAUGGGGGAGCGGGGAUCUUUUCACCGUGCUUCCCACAAGGUGUUCCAACAAUUUUGUCCAGGAUUGUAGGUCAUGAGGCCGAUACAAAUAAAUGGAUAUUGAGUCUCAAUGAUUGAAUUUGUUCUAUCUUCUGAACACUGGUCUAUGAUUAUCCCAGAAAAAAAUGGAGCUGACAAUGGCUUAAUUUGUAACAUUAUUUUGCACUUAAAGAUCAUUUUAGUGACAGCUUAGAAUGGUAUGCUAAUGACUGUGUAUGGCUGACAUUUUUUCGAAAAACUAAAACUGUGUUGCAUUGU